AUGAAUGGGAUUUGGACACUCCCUAAUCCUCGAUCAGAAGAGCAGCUUGCACUGAUAACUCAUCUGACUAUUGUCUCCCUCAACGAUCUUGAUGACUCCUACAUUUGGCAACAUGAGGACUUAGAGUUAGCUUCUUACUCUAUGAGCAUGAUCUACAAUCUAAUCAAAGACCAUAAACCGCAGGUACCUUGGCUGAAGGUUGUCUGGACACAAAGAGGGAUACCGAAGCACAACUUCUUCUCUUGGCCUGUUGUCUUAAACCGCUGCCCCGCAAAAAACAGAUUACUGAAAUGGGGACUCCAAACUGAUCUGCGUUGUGUGCUAUUGUGGGAGAUCAUGGCGGCAAAAGCAGGAUGUACUUCGGUGAGGCAAUGGCCUGUAUGUCUAUCUGCCAUGCAAUCACUGUCUCUGCCUCGCCACCAGAAACUUUUCUCCCUAUUAGCUUGGCAAUCAACAAUCUAUCUCCUGUGGAAUGAGAGAAACUCGAGAAUUCACCGCCAACUCUUCCGACCCUCGUCAUCGAUCUCCUCAUCGGCGAUCUCCCUUAUCAAAAACAAGAUUUCUUCCUUCCGGGAUAGCAACCGUCGCCUCUCAACUCUGAUGAUGCAGCACUGGCUCUAG